AUGAUUAAAGACAGAAUCUUUGACUUCAUGCACAAUUCUAUUGCUUUAUGUAGAUUCGUAAUCAAGAACCAAAGUGGGGUAGAAGCCAUCUGGUACAUUGAUAUGAAGAAAACCGGCCGGGUGGGCAAAGGGAAAGCACCGAUCAAGCCUGAUGUGACCAUUUGGUGUUCCGAUCUAGAUUUUGUAGCAUUGGCAGCAGGUGAAGCCAACCCUCAAAAACUCUACGCUGCUGAAAGGAUAAAAGUAAGGGGUAAUAUGGACAGAGCGCUGAAAGUGGAACACGUUAUUUCUCACGAACGUGAAAAAAUCAAAAUAGCUGGCGAGGCCAUGAGUUCUUCAUCAAAAGGAAAUCCGAUCAUUCGAACAACGUCAAUGUAUCAUUAG